AUGACAGAGAACAAGUUGAUGGUGAAACACGAUGUCAAGACCGACAUGAAGACGGAGAAAGAGGUGGUGUCCACCUUAUCUACAGCUAAUACUAUGCCUCGUCCUGAUACGGCCUUGUUUUUUCGGCGUCUUAAGCGUCUUUAUAGCUCCUGGAAGACACUGCGAAAUGACGAUGCAUGGGGUGGAGUGAACUCAUUCUGUGUGCUUGCUGGCCGUGCCCAGCAGGAGGAAUCAGGCUACCGCAAGUCGGCAGUGUUACAGAUUUAUUUACUGGGUUUUCUUGAAUUUCCUGAAACACUUAUGGUCUUUACACCUGCAAAACUUUAUGUACUUACGGGCGGCAGGAAAUAUACAAUGUUGGAGGCAGUAGCCAAAGAGAAUGCAUCUUCGGACAUUAAACUGGAACUACUAAAGCGCAACAAGUCAGAUGAUAAUAAGGCCAAUUAUAAAGUACUGACAGAGGCGGUGAAGGCCAGUGGACCCAAAACUGGCGUGUUGACGAAGGAAAAUCCACUUGGAGAACUCGUAGCUAGCUUUAAAAAGGCACUGGAGGCUACGGAUGUAGAGCAAGUGGAGGUUGGCAAGGGUAUUGAGAUGGCGCUGACGGUCAAGGAAAGUGAGGAGCUCGAAAACAUUCGAUGGGCUGGAGCAUUGUCGAGUAAGAUAUUUAAGCUGAAGUUUAUGGAGGAUAUGGAACAGAUUAUUGACGAUGAAAAGAGCAUCAGUCACGAAAAGAUUUCGAUGGCCAUUGAGGACGUGUUUGACAACCCGUCUAAGAUCAAGGUGACCAUUGAUCCUGUGGAUAUUGAGCCGUGUUACCCGCCGAUUGUGCAAUCCGGAGGUAAAUACGAUCUGAAGCCCAGUGCACAAAGUAAUAGAGACCCGAUGAAGUAUGACGUGAUUAUUUGCUCCCUCGGCGCAAGGUACAAAGGAUACUGCUCGAACGUUGGGCGUACGUUUUUCAUUGAUCCCACAAGCUCGAUGGAAAGGUCGUACGAACUGCUGCGUGAGGCGCACGACUUGUGUGUAAAGGAGCUACAGCCUGGAAAGACAGUGAGCAAGGUGGUGGAGAAGGUACGCAAAUAUAUUCAGUCAAGGAACGCGACGCUUUUUAGCAAACUUACGAAGAACCUCGGGUUUGGUAUCGGACUCGAGUUCCGUGAGUCUUGCAAUCUGCUCACUACUAAGAACCAGACGGUAAUUAAGGAAGGCAUGUCAUUUAAUGUGGCAUUUGGAUUCAAUGAUAUCCCGAUCCCGGAAUCACAGCGCAAGAAGAAGAAGUUUGAUAGCUAUGCUGUUUUCCUCGCUGAUACUGUGGUGGUGUUGGAAAGUGAAACGAAGUACUACACGAAGGUGCCAAAGGCAUGGAGCAAAGUGCGGUAUGAUAUUGACGAUGACAAUGAUGCGGAGGAGGAAAAACAGGAGAAGAAGCCGAGCAAGGGCAAGGACAACUCAGCCCAUGGUCCGGUUGACACAUCGCUAGCUGGUACGCGUAACCAAGUGUUGCAGUCACGUCUUCGUGACCAGCAGCGGCAGCUCGAAGGCAAAGAAACAGAUCAAGAGCGCCGUGAUCGUCAUCAGGCUGAGCUGAUGCGCCGGAAGCGUGAGGAGGCUAUGCGACGAUUGGAGGAGCAAAACAAUGACAAUUCGGAUGACCCAAAGAAGGAGAAAAGCAUAAAGGCUUACUCUGGUCCUCAACACUACCCACCCGAGCUACGUGAGCGCCAGGUCAUGGUGGACAUGCGCGCCGAGGCGGUUAUUCUGCCUAUAAAUGGGGUUCCAGUGCCUUUUCACAUUUCUACUAUUAAGAAUGUAAGCAAGUCUGAAGAGGACAAGGCAACGUACUUACGUAUCAAUUUUUACGUACCUGGAACGUCAUUAGGACGUGACGUCCUACCAGCCAUGGCGAACGCGAUCACCAAAUAUCCGAACAAGAUGUUUAUCAAGGAGCUUGGCUUUCGCUCAACAGAUGCACACAACCUGAACAACCAAUUUCGUCUAAUAAAGGAACUUCAAAAGCGUGUAAAGCAGCGUGAACAACGAGAACAGGAAGAGUCCGAUUUGGUCGUACAGGAGGACCUGAUCUUGACACGUGACCGACGAGUGCCGCGCCUUAUUGAUUUGUCGGCUCGUCCGCACUUGACUGGUCGCAAGACACACGGUACGCUGGAGGCGCACUCGAAUGGCGUGCGUUUUACGACAAACAAGAAUCAGAAGCUUGACAUUCUGUACGCUAACAUUAAGCACGCGAUCUUUCAGCCUUGUGACAAGGAGCUUGUCGUGUUGAUUCACUUUCACCUGAAGAACCACAUUAUGAUCGGCAAAAAGAAGCAGAAGGAUGUGCAGUUCUACACAGAAGUAAUUGAAGGAUCGCAGACACUUGACAACCGGCGGCGAUCGAUGUACGAUCCGGAUGAACUGGACGAGGAAAACCGUGAGCGUGCGCUGCGUGAGAAGCUAAACACGACUUUCAAGGAGUUCUGUCACAAGAUGGAAAGUGUGUCGGAACGACAUGGGAAGUCCGUAGUAUUUGACAUUCCGUAUCGUGAACUCGGCUUCAUGGGUACACCGUUCAAGGAAAUGGUGCUGCUUCAGCCAUCAGUGCACUGCCUCGUGAGUCUCACGGAUAUGCCCUUCUUUAUCAUUUCACUGGACGAGGUGGAACACGUCCACUUCGAGCGUGUCAUGUUUUCGUCCAAAAACUUUGAUGUCGUGUUUGUGUUCAAAAACUUUGAUGUUAUGCCAAUGCGUAUUAGUGCUGUAUCCAUGAGCGAGCUGGAACGUAUCAAGGAAUGGUUGGAUGACAUUGAUAUUUGCUUUACCACGGGAACUGCAAACCUAAACUGGAAGAGUAUCAUGUCCACGAUCAAGAGUGACCACCGGUUCUACUUGGAUACCGACGAUGACGGCGUGCCAAAGCCGGCUGGAUGGGAGUUUCUUAAAAUGGAAGGUUCGGACGAUGAAGACGAAGACGAGGAAGAAGCGGGAGACAGCAAUUACUCGGGUGGUUCGGACGAUGAUGUGGACGAGAGUGAAUCGAGUGAUUCCGACGGCUCGGACUGGGAGUCUAUUGUGGACGAGGAAUCAUCAUCCGAGGUGCAGUCAGAGGAGGAGGAGGACGCGCCGUCCUGGGACGAGCUUGAGAAAGAAGCACAGGCUUCCGAUCGUAUGCGCAGCGAAAAGCGUGGACCUGAUGAUGAAGAUGAAGACCAAGACUACCGUCGUACGUCCAAGAAGAAAAAAAUGCGUCGUCACUAA